UCUCAAACGAUAAAGCGAUUUUAUUUCUUGUAAGUUUUGUUAAUUGUGGAAGCAUCGAAGGAGGAAAAUGUGUUUUUAGUCAUUUAAAACAUUACGACAAGAAAAACAAGAGUUUAAACAUAAACAAUUUUAUAAUUAUCAAAAUGGAAACAAAAAAUGCAACAGCCCCAAUCAUCACUGUGGUCCAUUCUGUCAACCCAAAUUUCGAUAAAAGUGAUGUGAUUGAAAUUAAAAUCGUCGAAGGAAAUGGCCCAACAGAAAAGCAAACGGAAGACAGUGAACCCAUUGCUCCACUUGAAGACCUAGAGAAGGCCGACAAGGAGAAGGAAGAUGAUCAGGAUUCUGUUAUUAUCGAAGAGGUGCAAAAUAAAACAAUUGAUGUUGAUGAAGAUUCUGGUGAAGAAUUAGAAUUGACUGUAGAUCAAAGGGCUGGCGAUGCCUUUACCAAAGCCACAGAGUUUGUAAUUGUAAACGCAGCAAAUGUAUUAGCGGAUGAGGCCACAGGUGGGACCGAGUCAACAAAUAAAUACCCAGUAGAAGAUCUACAAAUAAAAGAUGAAUUAGCCGAAACUAUUAAUGCUGAUCUUAAUUCCAACGAUGUAUUAGAGAACGAUCCAAUGGAUUUAUUGGAAUUAAAUACCCGCAGUGAAUGCAGCAGUAGUACCAGAUCACAAGAGGAUACAGAGGAUUAUGGUGAUGAUGUAAGUUCUGUUGGAUCAUCGUCUGCUAAAACUGCUUCAAGCUCGUCAACGAGUGUUCUUGAUUGGGUCAAGGACUAUCCCUGGUUGCUGUAUGAGGAUGUGGGUGAACUAUUUGGACAUUGCUUGUAUUGCGAUACAAAAAUUAACGUCAAAUCUCACAGAUCUGUCAAACAGCAUGGUUUGUCACUGUAUCAUAAGGAACGUUGUGAAAAUUAUUUAGCUUUUCGCGAUGAGGAAGAUAAGAAUGGCUUAAGCAUGGAAUUAGUUGAAAUUAAGGAAGAAUUUGGUACAGAUAGUCGAGUUGAAGCUCUAAAACUUAAACGCAAAUCACAGAGUGGAGCAUUGAAUAAUUUCAACUGGCGUCGAUGGAUGGCAGACUACCCUUGGUUGGAACGUAACUCUGCUGAGGGUACAGUCGGCUUUUGCAAAUAUUGCCUUGUACAUUUUAAUGUUGAAUUCUCAUAUUUGAGAGACCGCCAUCAAGAGGGCAUUAAACACAAGGAGGCUGAAAAGCAGUACGAAGAAUCCAAUAAAUCCAAAACACAAGAUAAGACCUCCAAUGUUGAUGAAGAAAAUGGAAAGGAAUCAGCUGCAGAUAAUAAUUCAAAGACUCAUAGAUGGUUAGAAAAUGUAGAAAAUGAACCGACAAUGGUACGAUGCAAAAUAUGCGGGUCAAAAAUGUUCAAAAACAAUUUUCUGAGGCAUUUACGUACUAAUCUUCACGAACACAAUGAAAAGGUCUACUUACAAAGUCAAAAGGAAGCUACAAAAAACAGAUUACAUGAGGAUACUGCUAAAACACGACAGAAUUGGAAGUUAUAUGUUAGACAUCAUCCAUGGUUGAUGCCAGACCCCGUAGAUCCAACGUUUGCUUAUUGUAAAUAUUGUGAAAAGCGGAUUAUCUACGGAGCCUCUGCAGCUAAAAGGUCAGUACAUGAAAAUAGCUCUCAGCAUAAAAUCAAGGAGAGUGAAUUUCAAAAGCAAUCACGUGAUGGAAACGCUACAGACAAAGUAGGCGAGCAGAUAGAUGGAGAGGAACAUGCUGAAAAGAGCGAUGAAGGAGAGGAUCAAGAUCAGAAUGAAGAGGACGAAGAAGAUAAUGAGGAGGAAGCUGAUGAGGAUGAGGAAACCAAUGAAGACGAAAAUGAAGAAGGUGAAGAUGAGGAGGCGGAAGAGGAAGAUGAGGAGGAAGAAGAUGAAGAAAGUCAACAAGAAAAAGAAACUGAAGAUGAGAAUGACUCUAAAAAACGUGUAUACAAACUUACCGAGGAAUGGAUAAAUCAAUAUUCAUGGUGUAAAAGAUACAAUAAAGAUCCGACAAAUUUUAUAUAUUGCAUUUAUUGCAAGAUACCCUUAAGUGUUAGUUACUCACGAUCGAAACAUCAAACCACGUCAUUUCAUAUCUCAGCGGAGAAGGAAUUUUUAAGACGACAAGAUAAAAAACAAAAGAUACAAGAGCGAAAGCAAGGCAACGCAACUUCUUCCUUCUACGAAUGGGCCAUACCAUUGAAGAAUAAUCCAAGCAGUUAUUCAUGUCGUUACUGCCGAGUCCGUAUAUCAAAAAAUUAUAGCAAAAAACAGCAUGCAUCAAGUAAAAUUCAUCAAAUCAAUGAAAGCAUUUAUAAAAACAAUAGGCGAAAAUCUCCGAGGAAAGAUGAAAAUAGCAACAGCUCUCAGCUCUCGAAAGUUGUAACACAACUGACGAAUGUUGCAACAUCAAAAAAAGGCCAAACAUUUGCAAAGGUCGUUAUUAAAGCUCCAUCGACUGUAACGCUUAUUAAGCAAUGGCAAAAAAAGUUUCCCUGGCUGAGCUAUAAACGAAGUGAAUUGCGUUCUAAUUAUGGUCAUUGCAAAGUGUGCGAUAGUUCACUGUUUAUACGAUCGCUGAAACAUGUCUUAAGACAUGUUCGCUCGCCACGACACAUAAACGCAACGAAGGCCAACAAAAUACAAAAGGUUGAAAAAGACCAAGACCAAGAGGAUGAACGCGAGGACGAUAUGUCUUCAAAAAUAGUUAAAAAGGGACCAAAAGAAGAAAUGCAAAAAUCACCGCCUCCAAAUGAUGCAACUACUCAAAAUCCAACAAAGAUACCGACAACACGGUCAACAUCAGCAGUAACUGAAUCUCCAAAAGCCUUCAACUACAAGUCUACCAUUGCAGAGAUGAAAAAACGAUUUUCGUGGAUAGAAAAGUCAGAAAGACCAAAUUAUGCCUUGUGUCGCUUCUGCAAUACCAACAUUCCCCUCAAGAUUAUAUUGCUUCGAAAUCACAGCAACUCACACAAACACCGUCAUUCUGUUGUUAACUACCAUUCCUUAGACGGGAAAAAGAUCAACAGGGAAUCUCUGGUACCAAAUAAUGCUGAUUCAGACGAUGACGACAAUGGUGAUGGAGGCAAAAGCGGCACUCAUGGCGAUGUUGACGAUGAUGUCAUACUCGUUGAAGAGAACAAUGAAGAGAUUCUUAUAUCCGAACAAGAUGAAAACUGGGCUGUUAAAUCCGAAACAAUGGAUGAACAUGAGGAAUUGGACUACCUUUUACAACGUUCCUUCAACAGCAGCCAAAAUAAAGCGAAUAUGCAACGUAAUGUUCGCAAAAGUACCAAUGCCGUCAAUGAUGAUCCACCAACAAAACGUAUAAAACGAUCACAAUCGUUUAGACGUUUAAAUGAUAGUAAUACGUCUCUGGUGGCAAGUCUAUUGACGACACCGUUGACAUUAGCAUCAUGUUUAGGUCCUCUCAUUCAACAACAAAUUCAACAAGCAAAUAUGUCGCAAACUUCACCAAUAAACACAAAAGUGUCAAUGACGACUGCACCAGGAGCUCAGCAAACUGUCACCGUACCAGCGGCUGAAGCGGAAAAUACAUUCGAUUUGUUUUUCAAAAGUAUUAGUGAAACUAUGAAAAAGUUACCGGUCGAUUUAGCGGCUGAGGGAAAAUUACGUGUAAUGCAAACGAUAUGCGAUUUAGAACUGCAAGCCUUGAAAAGACAACAGAGCACACGUAGUGAAUCGGCUUCUAGUAAUACCAGUGGCGGUGGAAUAAGUUAUCAACCAACGUCCACAUCUACAGUCAUGCAACCCGGUUGCAGCAGUAGUGCCAAUAAUGACCAUAGUAUGGAACAAAAUGCAAACGUCAAUGAAACAAUUAUUACACAGUUUAAUAUGAGUGCAGAUGUAUCGCCACCUUCGGGCACCCAUCUACUUCCAUCGACAUCUACAAAUUCAAGUGGGGUGGAAAAAUCCGCGAUUUCUAACACUACUUCCCCCAUCAUUGGAGUUAUGGAUAAAACUGGUUUACAAACAAUACAUUUAAAGACGUCAGUGCCUAAACAAAUUCCCAGGAGUACUGCCAGUACUACUGUGUCCAAUGCUGGCAUACGUUGCAUACCAUUCAAAAACCUCUCCCAAACCGCAACACCUGCUGAAACGACCAAUGCAAAAAUGACACGUAUUCAAGUUCCAAUGAAUGUAACAACUCAGCCUUCUAUUCCGAAUGCCAAUGUGGUGAACACCUCAAAGAAUUUAUUAAAUUUCCGCAAUAUACAAAUUACAAAAAGAAUUGCCACACCGCCAUCGACAGCAUCACCAGCUACUAGUGUCAAUGGGCAACCACAUCAACAAACUGCCUCACAAACAUCUGCAAUGGUUAACAAAAGUCCUCAAAGGACAUACAUAACAAGUGUACAGCCUCAACUGCAGCGUUGGGGCUGUUCGGUAAAUGGCGCAACAACAUCCCACCACACACCAACAUCGUCCGCUGUGAAUCAACUACAGCAAUUGUCAUCGCAACAGACAUCAACUCCAAUUUCUAAAAAGCAUUGACUUGUUUGAUUACAAUCUUUUCAAUUUUACUUUAAUUUUAUCAAAACAGUUUUUAAUAUUGUUUUUUCAUCCUUGAUUUUAGAAACAGUGAGUGUCGUAAAUUAGUAUUAUUUUCAUACUAACAACAACUGUAAAAUACGUUAUUAAAUAAUUUUUUGAAUAUGUAAAUUUUAAUCUAAUAACCAACCAGUAUAUGUUUCACCCGGAAGUGUUAUUUCAUAUUCUCGGUUCUUUAAGAAAAAAAAAAUGGAAAUUUAAUAAGAAUGUGAUGGAAAUCCAUCGAUUUAAAGCAUCAAUUCCGAACCAAAACCUUAUUAUAUUAUCCACAUGAUAAAGAACAAAUAAUUAAAGAGAGUUAAGGCAAAACAUGUCAUACAAAUUUAUGGAAAAGUAUUAAAUUUAAUUUCUAAACAAUAUACAGAACGGAAAGAAUAAAUACAUCACGCUUUUUUUUUGGUUUUGAAAUCAAUUUCCAAUUACAUACCUAAAUAGUUUGGCAUUUUAAGAAAUGUUUUUAUUUUAUUCGGAACUAUAUAUUCACUGUUCUAAUUUCAAAGAUAAUUUAGUUCUUAAGGGUAAAUACAAUAAGUUGAAAACUUUGUUUAACAAUAAAAAACAAAAAUAUAAAUUGUUCAGUUUUAGGUUUUUAUCGAAA